GCGCGUGCCCGAUGUCGCGCACAUGCGCAGGGCCACCCAAGCCGCCAACUAGGGGCCAACAUGGAGAGAAAAGUUCUGGCACUGCAGGCUAGGAAGAAAAGGGCCAAAGCCAAGAAAUCGACCAAGAAGACAGCACAUCCUCCACGUGGGGCUUCUCAACAGCAGCCUCCUACAGAGACCCAGAUGCAAGAGCCCGAUGAGGAAAUCCUUGGCUCUGAUGAUGAGGAGCAAGAAGAUCCCAAUGACUAUUGCAAAGGAGGUUAUCACCAUGUGAAAAUAGGGGACCUAUUCAAUGGUAAAUACCAUGUGAUCCGUAAGCUAGGAUGGGGGCAUUUCUCCACUGUGUGGCUGGCCUGGGACAUCCAAGGAAAGCGGUUUGUAGCGAUGAAGGUGGUGAAGAGUGCAGAGCAUUACACAGAAACAGCUGUUGAUGAAAUAAAGCUACUCAGAUCUGUCAGAAAUACAGACCCUGAUGAUCCAAACAGAGAGAUGGUUGUGCAGCUGUUGGAUGACUUCAAGAUCUCAGGGAUCAAUGGAACUCACGUUUGUAUGGUAUUUGAAGUGCUGGGGCACCACUUGCUUAAGUGGAUUAUCAAGUCCAACUACCAAGGUUUACCUCUGCCCUGUGUCAAGAGCAUCAUUUGUCAGGUUCUACAAGGCUUGGAUUACCUGCACACCAAGUGUCAAAUCAUUCACACAGACAUAAAGCCGGAGAACAUUCUCAUGAGCGUUGAUGAGCAGUAUGUCAGGCGGCUGGCUGCAGAGGCCACUGAGUGGCAGAAAGCAGGAGCUCCGCCCCCUUCUGGUUCAGCAGUGAGCACUGCCCCAGCACCUAAACAGAUGCCCAAAAUGUCAAAAAAUAAGAAAAAAAAGCUAAAGAAGAAGCAGAAGCGACAAGCGGAGCUCCUGGAGAAAUGCAUUAUGGACUUGGAGGAGAUGGAGCUCAAGCCUGAGUGCAAAGAGGACGAGGAAUAUGACCCAGAAUCUCCCAAAUCCCCCUCUUGUGCAUCGCUCAGAAAGGCAUCACUGCAGGACAUUGCCACUGAGGACACAAUAAUGGAGACGAGAGAGAGGCUCAACUCAGAUGCUUCUCUGGAACUUAACUGUAAUGGUUGCCUGCACACCAGUCAAACACAGCCUGAGGAGAAUGAUAAUGGAGACCAGCGACAUGCCAAACUGCAGAAGGACCACCAUAAUGCAAAUGCUUGUGCACAGGAUGCGGCUCACAGCAUGUAUGAGUACUGUAAUGGGGCAGAGUCCCCAGAAAUGGACCAGGCCGCCUACAGUAAUGGCACAUUAGGCCAAGAGCAGUUGGAGGAGGGAGAUCUGCACCCUGUGGAGGAAGAUCAUCAAAAGUCUAGAUCUGGAGCCAGGGAACAGAACAAGGAGAAGCUAAAGAACGGCAAGUUAGCAGCUGGCAGCCUAUUGGUCAAUCCACUAGAUCCGCUCAACUCAGACAAGAUCAAGGUCAAGAUUGCUGACCUGGGCAACGCCUGCUGGGUGCACAAGCACUUUACUGAAGACAUUCAGACCCGUCAGUACCGCUCUCUGGAGGUGCUGCUGGGCUCAGGGUACAGCACACCGGCUGAUUUAUGGAGCACGGCGUGUAUGGCGUUUGAGUUGGCCACCGGUGAUUACUUGUUUGAGCCCCACUCUGGCGAAGAUUACUCCAGAGAUGAAGACCACAUUGCUUUGAUCAUUGAACUGCUGGGGGCAGUCCCACGCAAACUUGUACUGACUGGAAAAUAUUCCAAGGAGUUUUUCACCAAGAAAGGUGACCUAAAGCACAUUACUAAGCUGAAGCCGUGGGGUUUGCUAGACGUACUGAUGGAUAAAUACGAGUGGCCUCGGGAGCAGGCUGAGAACUUCACUGAUUUCCUGCUUCCUAUGUUGGAGCUCUUGCCAGAGAAAAGAGCCACGGCUGCUGAUUGUCUGCGACACCCUUGGCUUGCCCUCUAGUGGCUUUUCGUCAUCACUGCACCUACUUCAGGCCAUCUCCCUAAACUUAAGAGACAGCAACAGAUCACUUUCCAGUUUUUAGAGCGUAUCGGAGUAGUUAUUUUCUUCUGUAAAUCUGAGUGGUUUCUUAUGCUUGGUUCAACAGAGGAAUAGUACGUUUGUCUUUUUUGUUCUUGUUGUUUUCUUGGACUAAAAGUGUUGAGAAGUUUUCUAAUAGGUCACAUCUUCUGUGAUCUCUAUACUGUCCCUCUUAUUUUGGCAAAGUGUGAAAUGUAGAUCCCUGAAAUGUCUCUCAUUGUCUUGUUUAGAUACCAGGGUAUUUUCAGAUGUUGUAAAACAGCCUGCUGUUGUAAAACAAAGAUGGCGGUGUAUAUAAAAAGAAAGUCCACUCUACCUGAGUGCUGACUGCUUGGACUGCAUUAUGAUGCAUAGGAAAUCCUUUGUUACGUGUUGUUUCCUGAGUUGGAAAGGAAUGGGGGUUUAUGGAAAGGGGUUUGUUUGGUUCAAUUUAUGACUGUAGAAUAUAUAAUUCAGAUUAUUUCUGUUCUGUGUCAAGAUUCACCACACCCUUGUUUCUCUCAACUUUCAAAGUGUCUUUUUGUGUGUGUGUGUGUGUGUGUGUGUGUGUGUGUUAGUUAAGUAGGUGUUGAUCUUGUCUGUCUCAAAUGAGUUUUUUUUUUUAGAACUGAAGUCUUCUCUCUCUCAUGGGUUAGUACGUAAUUGUGUACAAGAUGCUUCCACGCAAAGUGAGUAAUUGUUAAGGGCCACCAAAAUUAGAUUUAAAAACAAAAAAAGAAGAGCGAAUCAUUAAUAGUCUGAAUGCGUUUAUGUGUGUGUGUAUGUAUAUAUGUGUACCAAAGAGUUUGCCUUGAUCUGUAUAUUACAGCCAUGUACAGUUUUUAAAAGAAAUCCUACUAUUGUAUUUAAGCUAAGAUUAUUUAGCUUGAUAGGAGUGUUUUAAUAAAGCAUUUGAAAGAUGGGUGAAACCAUUUGUCUUCCUGUUCUCAAAUUAAAAACUAAACCAUCAAAUGGAGGUGAAUAAACUGCCAACAAAUGGUUAACUUUCACUUAACUUUUUUUAAUGCACACAGUGCUUUGGGAUAAACUAGUAUUUGUGGAAAAUACUGGAUAUCAUUUAGUGCAAAGAAAAUUAAGAGUAACAAAGUGCAAGAAGACAAAUGAGUCAAUAUCAGGUUUGAUCAAACUGUGAACAGGUCCUGUAGAAUGGAAUGUCCAUUUAUAUAUGCAAGUUUGUACUGGUUUCAUCUGUAAACACAUGGAAACAUUCUCGUUAGUAUUGGGAAUUUUGUUGUAUGCUUUUAUAGGCUAUUGCAUCCUAAAUGAAAUCCAAGAAUAAGGAUUAUUGAGAUGUAAAAACAACUAGGAUUAUUCAUUUACAGACAUCAGCUGUGAUUCUUCUGGAGAGUUUUACAAUCUUUCCAGGUCAUUGCACGUGCGACUUCGUGACUUGUUCGUUAUUCAUGACUAAUUAUGAUUUAAUCUCAAAAUCAGUUCCUUAAAACCUUACAGUGGCUGCCUGGUCUCUUACCUCACCCAUUGCCACCCACCUCUGCAAGCAGAUUGUGUUGUCAGUUGCCCUGAGUGAAGGCUAGUAGGAAAAGUAGCCCUGCAUUCAAGAUGCUGAUAAUGGCUUUUAUUUAAGCUCAGUGCACAAUACAAUUCCCCAGUGUGUAUUUGUCAGUCCUCUAGCCACACAUUCGCUUUACCUCUGGCAAAUUCCACCCAUCCGGAUAAAUCAUACAACCCAUCACCACCAACGCAGCUAGAAGAACAAGUGCAAAGGUUAAUUUUAAAAACUUAAAAAGCUUUAUUUUGACUGCCCAUUAAACAGCAGACAUUACAUUAUUGUUAAAGGUAAUAAUAAACUGCAUUCGGAGACAGUAAGUCGAAAGUUGUGAUGAUGAGACUGGUCUGUUUAUCGAAAUUCGAAGCACUGCCCCCAGUGCCCGAAACUGGAUGUGUUGUUGAUCGAAUGGGCCCAUGUAAGCUCCGGUUUCCAUUUUAAAUGUCCACAAAGUAUUGCCUAAAGUGAGUUAUGUUUUAGUUGUAAAUAAUGCAAUAAUUUAUGUAAUAAACAUCAUUUGAACACAUUUACUUCCUGAUUUCCAUUAGGCCAGAACCCAUGUCUUGUAGGUUGCUCGCAAAACAUACUCUCAAUAUCAAUAGGGUAAUCGCAUUGAAGCUGAAAGAAAUGACACCUACCCCAGGUGAACGGUACUUAAACCUUCAUUUAAGAAAAAAAAAAGUUUUGAAUACAACAACAAUACCAAAAUCAACUGAAAAAAUGGAAAACCUGCUAUGACUUUCUCUCCUUUUUCACCUCAGGAUUUUGCACAUCUGAUCAUUAUUUAAAAAAUCAAAACUGUACACAUAAAUACCAAAUGAAUUGAAAAUGUGUUUUAAGUUCUUAGGAAAGAAAGUUCAAUAAAGAAUUUCUGAUUUUGAUCAAUUAUAGCUGAGAACAGUUCAAAUGUCUGGA